AUGAACCCUCAAAACCCUAAAAGAAACCUAUCUGACUUUAAUGAAGCAGAGCUCGAAGAAAAAGCCUUAAUUCUUGUUCCUGCUGGAGUAGGUGACCUUUUAUACCACUGUGCUAAACAAAUUUCCAAAAUUUUUCAACUAGAUGCCAUCUCCCCAAUUGACCUUGAACCCUCAAUAAAAUCAACAUGCAAAGCCUUAACUUCUUCCUCAAGAGUCGAAGUCUUUAUAAAAGAGAAAAGCAGGCUGAAAUUUUCAGGAAAUAAAGAAAAUUUUGAAUUCCUGGAAAUCAAUUCAAAAAAUCUCCCUGGCUUUGUGGCAGACACCAACCUAUAUCAAAUUAUAAACGACCCUCAGAAAUCAAGUUUUUAUGCAAGCUUUACUGAAAAUUGAUUGCCAGGGAGAGACUGAAUAAACUCUGAUGAAAACUUACAAAGCAUCUGUGCAGUUCCUAUUUCCAAUGCUGAUAAAACUGAAGUAUAUGGAGUGGUAGUGUUAUGCAACAAAAUUGAUCCUUUGGGCCUGAUAACUAAUUUUACGUCGAAUGAUGCGCUUAUAGUCCAAUCAGUUGGUAUGAUGGUCUUUGAACUAGUAAAUUCUAGGAAAAAAGAAAAUCAAGUCUCAGAUGAACUAAUAAUUUCAAAUAAUGAAAAAGACCAAUUGUCAAAGUCACAUAGACAUAGAAGGCCCAACCCUAUAACAAUCGAGCAUGAUAAUUUUAAUAUAAAAAUUAGUGACCCUCCGCAAUCUGACUGGAAAACUAUUGUAAAAGAAGGAGAAAAAAAUAAACUCUUGCAACAAUGAUGCAAGCAGGUUUUUGCAGUUUCCAACUUUGCGCAGAGCAAUCACCUUUUAGCUAAAAAUAUACUCCAAAGGCUAGCUACUGAGAAUGGCGUUGAUAUUUUGGUUAUUUCGUCAUUAGAAAUAAUCAAAGCUUUAAUUUAUUGUGAAGGGGUGAAUGGUUAUUACAAAAAUGAUGGAGUAAUUUAUGAGUAUUCAAUAGCACAAGGAAAAACUAGCUGCUCUUUGUCAGCAGAGAUGCAAGCCUUGUAUGAAAAUUCGAUUAAAACAGGUAAAGCAUUGAUGUUUGUUAAGGAGUAUGGAAGAGAAAAUAUGAUGAUGGUUCCUUAUGUUUCAAAUGAAAAUGCAUUUGUAAUUGAAGUAUGAAAUAAAAAAGAUGAAACUUGGACAUUUUUCAGCAACUUUACUAAGGAAGACAAGAAUAUUAUAGGAGAAGUUGCUAGGGUAGUUUUUAAAGCUUUGAAAAGUGAUAAAAACGAAAAAAGCCACGAUGUCACCAAACUCCGGCAUUUAAUUCGGCAUCAUGCUACAAGUAUCAACACUUAUUCAAUUAUCAGCACAAUUCGUGACGCUUCUCAAAAGCUACUUGACUGUGACCGAGCUACUGUUUAUAUUCGUGAAGGGAAUUCUUUAGUCGUCAAAGUCCAAGGCUCAGAACAAGAAAUCCCUACAAACUUCGAAGUCCCUCUAGGCAAAGGAAUAGCAGGCUAUGUCGCCCAAACCGGCCUAACAGAAAUUAUAUGUGACGCUUAUCAAGAUUUCCGUUUUAAUCAUGAAAUUGACGAUCUCACUGGCUAUCGUACUCACGAUAUUCUAUGUAUGCCUGUAUUAGACUGCAAUGGUGAGACAAUCGCAGUCCUCCAGAUGUUAAACAAAAAUGAAGGGAUUUUUGACCAAAAUGAUGAAGACAUUUUGGAAAUUUUUGCCGAGCUUGUAGGCGUUGUUUUGCAAGGCUGAAAAUUAUUUGAUAAAAAUAUCGAAGAAAGGACAAGGCUUAUAAAUAUAUUAAAUAGCCUUGGGAAUUAUAUAUUAGUUGUAGAUGGUAGUGGAAAACUUUAUUAUAAUAACAGAUCAUUUGAAGAGAUUUUAGGAAUCACUGAAGCAACUGCGAAGAAUUCAAGCUAUAUUUCAUGGCUAAAGCAUAAUAGACAGCUAGUUCUCGACAUCAAUGCAAUAUUUCAAAAUCCCAAGAAAAAAAUAUACAAAAAAUCACAGAGACUGAUAAAAAAUCCACAUAAAUAUCAUGUAGGAAGCGGAGAAGAGCUUAUAAUUGCAGGAGAAGACUCCUUGCCUUUUAAUUAUACACUAGUUCCUUUACAAGAUUUUAUUACUUUAGAAACUUCAGGUGUUGUUAUAAUUCUAGAAGAUGCCACAGCGAUUGAAGAGCUAAACUCUAAGCUCGCAGCCAUGCAAAACCAAUUAGACGUCCUUACAAGCUCAGUUCAAGCUGAAACAUCGCUACAAAAAUGCAUCCAAAAGCUUUCAAUAAUAUCCCAAGAUUUCGACCACAACUCAGAUACUUAUUUACAAGUAAUUGAUGUAAUAAACACAUUAAAGCAAGGAAACCUCAAUCGCACUGAAAUAAAGAUACCUAUCGAUAUGCAUUCAAAAGGAAAUGAGCUUAUAAGCAUUAUUAAUGAAUACACUGAUACUAGUGAGCAAGGAGGGCUAAGAAGUCCUGUUAUUAGAGAAAGAAAGUAUAGUGGAGAUAAAGAUGGAGAGCUGGCAUCAGAACUAGAAGAACUUAGAAACUGGAACCUCAAUGCUUUUGAUAUAAGCUGCCAUCUAAUUUAUAUCAAAGCUAUGCUACAAAACUUUGAUUUAAUCAAUAUCUUUGAUAUAAAACAUGCUAGGCUGGCAAACUUUGUAUCAAAAGUAGAAGAGAAUUAUCAGACUUAUACCAAUCCUUACCACAACUUUUACCAUGGCUUUACAGUCAUGCAUUCAAGCUAUUACUUAUUGUCAGCCACUGCAGCAGGUUUGGUCUUCAAAACUCAAGAAAUUUACGCACAGCUAAUAGCUGCUCUAUGCCACGAUAUUGGUCAUACAGGCCAUACCAACAAUUUCGAAAUAAAUAGGGCGAGUCAAUAUGCGAUUACCUAUAAUGAUAAGUCAGUCUUAGAAAACCAUCACUCUGCCUUAACUUUUCAUAUAUUACAAAAUGACUCUUGUAAUAUCCUUGAAGGGGUCCCGACAAAUAUGCUAAAAGGGGUCAGAAAAUUAAUGAUAAGAUGUAUAUUGGAUACUGAUAUGGCCAUACAUUUUAAUAUGAUUUCUAAUAUGAGUAAUAGGUUUAAAGAUCUGAAUGAGAGGCCUUUAGGAUCUAUUGACGAUGACUGCGAAAAAACUGCCGCAUUUAUAAUUCAUGUGGCAGAUUUAGCUCAUAGUGCUAAAAAUAAUCAAACUUAUACAAUGUGGUCAAAACUUGUAUGUGAGGAAUUUUAUAAGCAGUAUAGAGAGGAAGUGGCAAAUUGUCUGCCAUUGACGGAGCAUAUGAAAGAUAUUAACCAGCCUUUAAUUUAUUAUAAAAAUGAAAUUGGUUUCCUCAAAGUCGUUGCCAAGCCACUAUGGGAUUGUGUAGGGCUUUGACUCAGCCCUGAAAUCAAUUUUUGCAUAGAAAAUGUAAAUGAAAAUAUCAAAAAUUAUGAAAAAAAUUUGGAAGAACUAUCAAAAAAAGAAUAA